UUCCAGAUUCAAUUACUGUCAAAGAAAAAUCGUAAGUUCAAGGAGCGAUAGAAUUAUUUCCUUCACACUCUUGUGGUACAAUGAAAAUUCAUGCAAUAUAACAGUUUAUGAGGGGUCAAGCAACAAGGGUGAAAAUUAUGGAAAUGCUUGUCAGAAUAAAAUCAGUACCUACCACUCCAGAAAUAAUAGCCUUUUUAUUGAAUUCUUUUUAAAAGAGGAAACUGAUAAGGCAGGAUUUAUAGGCAGCAUCCAAAGUAAAGAACCAGAAUGUAAAGAACCCUACAACAAAUUUAUAAAUGGAGGAGAAAGUGGAUAUAUACAACCACCAUAUAAUAACAUUAUAUUGAUAACUCCACUAAAAUGCCAAUGGGCCCUAACAACUAACAGUAGUCACGUUUUUCAAAUAAAUUUGGUUAAGUUUGAAGAGUUGAGUUACCUUGAUAUCUAUGAUGGAAACACUCUAAUCGAGCAUUUGAAUGAUAAAAUCCAUCAGUAUACAACAAAGACCCCCAUGCUAGGUUUAUUCUACAACAAACCAAAUAUAUUCAGUUCUGGCUUCGUUCUCACUUACAAAACUAUUCCUAGAGUAAAGAAAACUUGUCCAGAAAAUAAAGUAUACAAAUAUCCUGGAAUUAAGGAUCAGUUUAUGAUAUCAACAGCUAGUGGAACUGAUUACAACUUGCCAGAUUAUUGCCAUUUCACACUUCACACAGAUGAAUCUUCCUACAUUGAAUUAGAUUUACAGCAACUUGAUAUUAACAACUCAUGUCUGCCAAGUUAUCUUGACAUGUCAAUAAAUAAUUUAUCUUUUCCAUCUGAAAUUGGUUAUUUUAAUCAUCAAGUCUCCAUGCAAGCAAAAAGUAUACACAUUCAAUACCUAAAGAAGACUCAAUGUAAAUUCCUCAUACUUUUUAAUGUUAAAUCUGUAACAGUUCCUUCCUGCUUUCUCAGCCCCACUAUUGAUGUCAUCAGUGGACCAAGAAGAUUCCUGAAUGUUCCACAAACUGCACCAUUUGACCUUGAUGUGUAUGUAUGUAAAUGGACAUUCAGAAUUAAACCAAACCAUAUUUUAUGGCUUGAGAUUAUAACAACAAACACAAGUGCAAUGUCAACUUACUCCUCUUUCUCAUACUAUGAUGGAAAAUCAUGGCAACUAUUACUGAAUAGUAAAAUGAGCACAUCCCAGACCACAUUUCAACUGAAGUAUAAAAUAAAACCAAGAUAUAAAAUUUGGCAUGCUUUUGGAAAUAUGAUUAUUAUUUAUAAUUCUGUAGUCCAAGAUGAAACACCUUCAACAACACAAAUAGAACUGUUAUCAAGAAUAACUUCCACAAGUAUAUGGAGAAAGGAAAAGCUACAUUCAAACAUAAGUAUGAUGUCAAACUGUAAAGAUAGAAUAAUUACUGAAACAACAAUACCAUACUGGAUUUACAUUACCUUGAUGUUGCUGAUUCUUAUUUACAUUGUGAUGGGAUGUUUAUGUUGGAUUCACUACAAAAGAAAGAUUUACAUUAAUACUGAAAGCUUCAUAUGUAAUAAAAACUUCCUCAAACAUGAAAACAUUGAAAUUUGAUUAAAACUCUUUUUUUUUCUUUCAGUGGAGAUGGGGUUUAAUGUUUAAAGUUUCUUCCCAUUUAAAUGCAAAAGAUUAAAAUGGAUCUACACAAUCACUCAAACUGCUACAAAUAACAGCCAAAUUUCAUUCAGAUUACACACUUCACUUUUAAGUGCAUAUUAUAUGUCUUCAGCAAGAUAAUUACAUUAAUUGCUGUCAUGCUACUGUAGGGCAUUGCCUGUGAACUCAUAAGAGAUGAACUGUAGAUGAGACCUCUACUGCAGACUAGUUAUCAAACUAGUUGGCAGAAAAGGGACUUCUGGUAAGGUGACAAAUGAGACCCGGACUUGAAUGGUGGAUUGUAUUCCUCUAACAUUGUAGAUGAUUAACACAGAAUAAACAACACUUCAACACAU